AUUGUUGUGAUGCAGCAGAGGACGCGCAAGUUACGUGUUUACGGUUUGUUUGUUGUAGUGGCAUUGCGAGCGCUACUGCAAACUUCACAAGGCGGUGAACACUGUGACGUCAACUACAAUGGCUAAAGAAGUUUCCGAGCUCUGUGUCCCGGUCCCGUGGGGAGAGAUCAGAGGGAAAAUCUGGGGUCCUGAUCACGGCCAUCCCGUGCUGUGCCUGCACGGCUGGGCUGACAACUGUGGCACAUUCAGCCCCCUCAUUCCCCUUCUACCCAAAGCGUGCAGAUACGUGGCGGUGGACCUGGCAGGUCAUGGUCUGUCUUCACAUCGUCGUCCUGGAGAUUUCUACUCUUUUCCUGCGUAUGUGGCGGAUGUACGCAGAGUCGCUGAUGCUCUGCAGCUGCGGAAAUUCUCCAUCAUAGCCCACAGUAUGGGUGCUGACAUUGCUGGAAUAUUCAGUGCACUGUAUCCUGAGAUGGUGGAUGCUCUCGUGCUUCUGGACUCGUACGGAUUCCUACCUACAGAUUUAAAAGAACAUUCCAAAGUGAUGAGGCAGGGGAUGGAUGAGAUGCUUCAGUUUGAAAAGAGAGAAAAAACUGAAAAGAAGAAAAGAGUUUACACUUAUGAGAAGGCAGUUGACAGGUUGGUGGCUGCAAACCCGACUCUGUCUGAACAGUCAGUACACAUCCUUUUAGAGCGAGGUCUAGUUCAAGUUGACAAAGGAUUUGUAUUCUCCAGAGACCUGCGAGUACAUUUUAAAAACAUUGUGCCCAUCAGCAUGGAGCAGAGUCUGGAGAUGCAGUCAAGGAUUCAAGCCUCUGUUCUAGUUGUUCUAGGAGACAAAGGCUUUGGUGCAGCACCAAAAUCAAACCAACUGAAACUUCUCCAACGAUAUCGUGAGAGAAAUAACACGGUGGUGGCAGUAUCAGGCGGUCAUCACGUCCAUCUGAAUGAUCCCAAAGUUGUUGCUCCAUUUGUUAGUGACUUCCUGCAGACCAAAGUGCUCUCACAGCAGCUGCCGGCAUAGUGGACACACACACGCCCACACGCACACACGCACACGCACACUUACAUUAUGAAAUUUCACACUUUGAGCUCAGUACUCGGUUCUCCUCUCUCUCAGUCAUUAACAUAAUAUUGCUUGAGCAGCAUUUGAACAAAAACCCAUUAUAAAGUUUCUUAAGGGAGUUUGAAUAAUCAUAUCUGAAUAUGUAAACCUCCACUGGAUAAGUUAUUGAUGAAAUUGCUCCUGAAAAUACUAAACAUUUCCAAAACUUAACAUCACUUAACAACUUAACAUAUACACUCAGAAGAACAAUGUAUCUACAGUUGACAAGACCUCAUAUACAGAUCCUACAUUGUUCAGUUAAUCUAUUGUUUCUUUAUGUUACUUGUACCGCCAGAAUGUUGCAUGUCACCAUUGCAUUUAAAGCAGAUCUGCAAGGACAUGUCCAGAUAUUUGGUGGGGCAGGGGAUCAAGUGAAAAAGGGCGCUUCUCAUAAUUCUUUAUUUAAAAAAAUGUUUUUUAACAAAACGUUAAAUAUAUUAACACAACUCUGACUUUCUUUAUUUCAAUCAGAACACAACACAGUCUAAUCUCCCAUCCUAAUGUCUAGAUUUUUUAUUCAAUAAAUAUGUUUGUUUGACAGGGAAGCUGUGCGUAAACAGGAAUAUAUAUUCAUUUAUUUAAAAAAAGAUAUAAGCUUCCCAGAAAAAGGAGCACUUUUUUGUCAAGAAAAGAAUAGGUCAGGUGCUCAAGGCCCUUUUGAUGUUUCUGUGUGCAGUGCCCGCUGAUCGGUUUAACUCUGCUUUUCAUGAAUCUGCCGCUUGUGCAGAAUGAGUUAAAAAUGGUUAUUAAAAGAGAUCACAUCCUCUGAUAACUUUUCACUAUGUAUGCCAAUCCGCCCUAUAUUCAGCUUAUGUGUUGGAGCUAGCAAGACAAAAAAAAAUCUUUUCCCCACCACUUCUACUCAGGGGAGUGACUCCAUAAAAGAGUACAGCUGCCGUCAGUCAGAGCAGAUAUUAGAGGUACGGCUCACACAAAAUUGGCCCCUUCUUUUUCAAUGUCACAUAAACUGUGUGAUGGCCUUGCUGUUAAAUGGAGUGGAAUUGAUUUUAUGCAGCCAGCAGCAAGGCGGUGAGCAUGCACAGACAUCUGAAGGGUCCCCCCCCCAAAAAAAUGAUUAUAGUUAUAUAAGUUUCCCUCCCACUCCCUCCCUCCUCUCCACCAUCAGCAGGGGUGUUGUCAUAGCAACCCCCACCCCUCCUUUUGAACGUCAGAGACAGGAGCUUGGUAGGAUAAGAGCCGCAUGCAGCUUCUGCCUCUUGUGCCUCUCGGAGAGCACCUUUCACCGUCUCACAUGCAACAGUCAGAGCUGCGGUGUUGGAAAUAAUCAGAUGAUUGAUUUGACUCACGACUGCUGCACAUCGCAUACCAUCUAAGGCCAAGAGAGCAACAUAAAUCAGUAGCGUCUGCAGCCGUGAUGUCGUGGCUGUUCUUGGACUGGUUCGUCCCCCUCUAUCUGCUGGUGUCGGUUUUGGUGCUGGCAGGCUUUGGAGCGUGCCUUUACUUCCUCGAGCCAGGGCUGCAGGAUGCCCACAAGUGGAGCAACAAAACAGUCCGGCAUCACCCACUGGUGGCCAGUGUGAACUGCAGAGAUGACGAUAGCAAUGCCCUGAUAUGAUCAAGAGGGCGAGGUGGAGCAAGGCGGGAGGCCAUCUGGACAGGGGUGCUGCCAGGACACCGGUGGGAUGGGAGUCGACACCUUACACAUGGAGAAAGAAAAUGGAAGAAGAGAAUAAGAAAGAUGGAGGGGAGAAUGCCCUGUUCUAUCAUUCCAACUUUUCUUUGACCUCUAACAUGCUUUGUGUAGAGAUCAGAGGAAAGUGAAGCAGAGAGGGAAGCCAAAUGCGCACGGAGGAGAAGACUUCAUGCAGGAUUAGAUUGCGAUGUGUUUGGAGAACAUGUUGCCCUUUAGGAAUGGGAUUUAAACAUGAUGUAAAUGUCACGACAUCAUCUACUUGUGCCAACUUUUACAUACGUUUUGUAAUUUGACAAUCACUUUACAUAAAUCAUGAAGUUAUACUUCUACUACUUAUAUUGUGCAUUAAAUUAGUGAAGUUAAUGACAGAAGUGCAAUGAAUUUUUCACCAGUGGGGAGGCGUUUUACUCCUCUCUCUCUCUCUCUCUCUUUGGUUAUGUCUGCACGGCAGCUGCUGAGAAGCAUGAGGAUUGUUUGUGCCAUUGUGCCAAAAUGGUGUUAGUAGUGACUGUAUUCAAAUUAUAUGUACUGAGUAAAUGCAACACAAUUUACUCCAGAUGCCAAAAUUAUCCUAGAUUAAUCAAGAUUACUGGAAACUAGUAUUUGGUAAUGCUCAAAGUGUAUAUUUUUAGUUUUCAUUGUUUUUACUCAACGGCAUGGUGAGGAAAUUGUGUGUGUGUAACAACCCUCUUUUGAUGAUCAUAUGCUUCCUUAGUUCAUACAAAAUAAAGUUGUUUAAUCCUCAA